GGGAGGUUUGAUAAACAUGUAUGAAGACAGGUCGGCGAACUACAGAAAAAUAGAAUUUCUCGGUGAAGGACAAUUUGCCACAGUGUUUAAAGCGGAAGACUUGGCACACGACGGACGAAUCGUAGCAGUGAAAAAGAUCAAAAUGGGACGACGACAGGAAGCUUCGGAUGGAAUCAAUCGUACAGCUCUACGAGAAAUUAAACUGCUCCAAGAACUAAGCCACCCACACAUCAUCGGUCUGCUCGACGUCUUCGGUCACAACUCAAACAUCAGUCUUGUGUUCGACUUCAUGAACACAGAUUUGGAAGUAAUUAUUAAGGACACGAGUAUAGUGUUGACUGCUGGUAACAUCAAGAGGUAUUUGCUGAUGACUCUGCAGGGUUUGGAGUAUUUGCAUUCCAUGUGGGUUUUGCAUCGGGACAUGAAGCCAAACAAUCUAUUGGUAGACAAAAACGGCAUUCUGAAGAUCACAGAUUUUGGUCUUGCCAAAUUCUACGGAAGUCCCAAUCGAGUUUACACACAUCAGGUUGUUACAAGAUGGUAUCGUUGUCCAGAACUUCUAUUUGGAGCAAGAAUCUACGGUCCCGGCGUCGACACGUGGGCCACAGGAUGCAUUCUCGCUGAACUGCUUCUUCGAGUUCCGUUUCUUACGGGCGAGAGCGACCUCGAUCAGUUGUCAAAGAUAUUUGAGACUCUGGGGACGCCAAGUGACGAUGAUUGGCCGGGUAUGACAAAGCUGCCUGACUACAUCCCAUUCAAGUCAUUUCCUGGCGUUCCUUUCAAACUCAUCUUUAAGGCAGCGAGCAACGACCUCCUUGAACUACUAGCAGGUCUACUCACACAUUGUCCAUCAAAGCGGCUAAUGUCAACGCAAGCGUUGAAGUCCGGCUGGUUUUCCAACAAGCCGCCUCCAACACCGUGUCAUUUGCUUCCGCAGCCAAAGAGUAAAGAAGAGCAGCAGAGGAUUGAAGCGGAACAGCUGGAGGAGAAGAGGAAGAGGCGAACAGAGAAGAUGCAGUCGGCUGGCCUUCCUAAACGUCUCAAGUUCAACUGAGUAUUCGAGCCUCGCACAUCAAACUCUUUACUCUCGGUGGCAGACAAGUGCUAUAGAAAGUAUUAGAUUUAUAAUGCUCAACAUUUGUACAGAAUUUCUACAGAAUGUCAUGUAUUAUUAAUUAAUAUUUCUGGAUACUUCAUAUGGUUUUAUGUGUUUGUGGGGUGCCACAUUGGAAGC